AUGACAAUGAUGGUAACAAUAACGGUAACAAUAAUAACAAUAGUAAUAAUAAUGAUAAUAAAAAUAAUAAAUAAUAGUAAUGGUAAAGAUGUUGACGAUGAUGUUGAUGAUGAUGACAUAAGAUUCUGGAAGAGCCAUGCCCUGAAUUUGGUGAUCGCUUCUUUUGAAAAAACUUUUGGUACUUUUCGUUUAUUUGUACCGGUUGCUGAACCACCACCGCUUCCGGUAUUUCCUUCGCUAAGAACCGAUUCCCUCCCACCAUCAUCAUUUAACGAACCGCAUAUCGAUAACGACUCAUCACCUGGAAACACCACGUAG